AUGUCUACGCGCAAUUUGAAUGAAUCGAUUUUAAACCAUUUAUUUCUUCCUCAUGAUCUACCAACAUCAGAAGACACUGAUUAUUUACUUCAAUCUAAACAUCAAAAUGAGCAUAAACUUCUGGAAAGCUUCAAAGACUUUUUGGAUUCUUUAGCUCCGCAAAAAACUCUACCAAUCUUUUCAAUUCUUAAGAUCUGUAUUCAAAAUUGGUUAGUAAUACAAAAUAUACAAAAUUGCACUAUAUCAAAUUUACAAUCGACUAUUGGAAAGUUAACACCUGGCGAUUUCCUUCCGCUAUAUUUUCAUGCACAAAAUGCUGCCAUUUUGAUUGAAAUGGAUGAAAAUCCUCCUAAUCAACCAUUAAUAUCAUCUUGGCAAGUAUUAUUACCGACGGAAACAGUCACAUCAUCUUUACAGCCAUAUAUAUCCUACUAUCCAACACCAACAUUUCGAUUAUCAAAUUCGUCUCAAUUAAUUACUUCGAUCCAGUGCGAGUUGUUAGUCGAGUUUAUGACUAAUACCAUUGAAUAUCCCAAAUCUUCGAAAGCAUCCCAUUCAUUCAAUGAAACACGUGAAGUACCAGUCGCUCAUUAUGUUUGCCAAUGGUGGAUAACACAAUUGCCAGGCAUAAAAAACGAAAAUCUCACGGAUACAUCAAUUCAAUUUAAGAAAAAAUAUCGUGAUCAAAUUCGAUGCAAAUAUUCAUAUUCAACAUCACCUUUCCGACGUUUCGGUUUAUGGAUGACGAUGAAAGUGGUUCUUCAAACCAUUUUAACAAAACGUUUAGGACAGAUUGGCAGUGUCGUUUAUAAAAUACUGAUCACGCAUUUUCUCAUUUAUUAUAUUCACAACCGACAAAGAUUAAAAGAUACACAAAUUUCGACUGAUUUACUCGUCUAUUGUCUUCGAAAAAUUGUUCGAAGAUUGAAUAAAAUUGAAAAUAUGUCUUUAUCUACUGAUUUAAAUGAUGUGACACAAUGGAUGGAAAGUGUCACAGGACAAAUCAAAGAGAAAAUUGAAUAUAUUUUCCCAAGAUCAAAUUGGCAGCACCACUUUCACAUAGAUGAAAAACAAAUCCAUGAAUUGAAUACAAAUCAAUCUAAAAUAUAUGAACAUUCUUUUACAAAAUUAAAAGAUUACUUAAAAAAAUCUCAAUCGUCUUCAUCGUAUCAACAAUUUUCUCGUAAUUAUAAUUCUGACAGUUCUAUACCAACGAGCUUCAAAGGCGAAAACGAUGAAUUACCUUCCGUCGCCAAAUACGACUAUGAAACCAUUGAUUUCGCAUUAAUACGCAUCGAAAUCUGGGUACAAUUGUAUUUAGAACAAUGGAUCAAUCAGGCCUUAUCAUUAGAAAAUGGAGGUGAACGUUUUGAAAAGUUACAAAGUUUCUUCGAAAAUUAUCAACGUACAGCUUUACAACAUUAUUAUUCAGACAAUAAAUCAACAGAUCCUGUCGGUUAUAGUCGAUAUAUUUUAACAUCAUUAAGAAUAAUUCGUUUUAUUCAUAUGAAAUUAUGUGAAGAUAAACGAUUUGAACGACUGAAAUCUCAUGCCAUUCAGAUUCCGAAUCUUUUGGAAUUAUUUGAAUAUUUAGUUUUACCAAGUCGCGAUGAAAUGAUUCGAGCUCGUGUUAUUUACGAUUAUUUUAAAGAAUUUAGUGAAAAACAAUAUCCUGAACUUUUAAGUAAUAUUAAUUCGAAGAAUGCAUUUGGCGUGUUUUUUGCUAGUCGAUCAGAACAAAUGACUAAAGUUCUGACAGCAAUUCAAGCACAAGUUGAACAAGAUAAAAACGCUAAAACACAAGAAGUGAUUCAAGAGAAAGCAAAAUAUGAGACAUUGAUCAACGAAGCAAAGGAACUGAUAUGUGAAUGUAAAACAGAAUAUCCUUAUACAAAAUGUGAUCGAUGUAAGAUCAUGCAAAAAGCAAACAGCAUAAAAGUAGAGAUUUACGAAUGUCCAAUACCAUCGAUACGUGAAAGUGCAUUGGCUGUGAUCUUUGAAUUACAAAUGCCUGUCGAAAUUCGAUGUUAUCGAGAUAUACUUUGGCAAUUUAUUAAUCGUCCGAAUCCAGUACCAUCGAGUAAGAUGCACGAAUGGUUGAGUAUGUCUCCUCAUAAGAGUAAACUAAGUCAAUACUGCACUGGUUCAUACAAUCGUAAAGUAAAAUUAGUAUCAUCGACUAAAUCUACAUCACAAACUCAUUAUUUUGCACCACGAUCUAUUUCAUGCACACCUUUGGAAGAUUUUUUCAUCGAGAACAGUUUACAAGUACAGAUCUCUUCAACAAAACCAGCUGCAUUUCAAGAUGAAUGUCUCACAUUAACACCGCAACUAACCGAUGUUAAUUAUAAACUUUUGCAGUUUUCUGUUGAUAAUACGAAAUUCGUACAAAAUCAGGUAAUUGCUCAACUAUCAAAUUGUUCAUUAUCACUCAAACCAUCACAAUUUGUUGAAUUUGGUUCAUUUCGGUCUGGUCAUCGUUUGCAAUGGUGGAAUCUUUUGAGUAUAAUAGAAUUAGAUUCUCUAUCAAUGAAUGAAGAAAGUGUUGCCAUACUUAUAACCCAUUCACUUUGGCAAUAUGGUCCUAUGACAAAUGAUCGAGAAGAUCUCAUUUGUUACUGGUGUCCAGAAUCACAUCAACAAUUACUAGAUGAUGGUUUUGUUGAUGAAUUAAUCUUACGAAUAGAUCGUCGUUUAAAUGAAUGUCAAUGCAAUUGGCAACAUGAAUUAGUGUUAGUAAUUCUUACAAUUAUUGUAAUGAGACUAUUGACUAUUUGUAAUUCAACAAAGGAAACUCGAGUGAUUGAUUUGGCUUUAAAAUGUCGAAAGAUAGCUGUAAAAUGGAUUGAACUAAUUACAGAGAGUAUUCAAAAUCCAUCUUCAUUAGAAUUUGAUAAAGUCGAAACAUUACGUGAUAAACUCGCUAUUAUUGGUUUAGCUGGUUUAUUAACAUUUUCAUUACAUAUAGAUAAUGUGUUGUUAUUGAAUGAACAUAUUAUAUGUUUACUUAAAUUAGCAACGACUGUUCAAGAUAAUCUUAUUUUGAACAAAAGACAAACUGGUACAAGUGUUUUCAUGAGAAAUCUAACGCGAUUCAAUGAACGUAAUCUUAUAUUAUUACAACCACAUUUAAGUCAAUUCCUUGAGACCACUUCCUACGAAAGUUUAAAUAAGUUUACUGCUGAAUAUUGGGCAGUGAACAGAAGUACUAAUACGACUGAUGAAAAAUGGACAAAACAAAACUUGGAUAUCUAUGAUGGUACAUAUCAUACUCUGUAUGGAUUAAAUAAAGUAUCAAUUAAUUGUAUCAGAGGAAGAUUUUUAGUCGAUACAGUGACGAUUGGUUUUUUACCUGAAAAAAUAACGUCGAAUCAAUUGUUUAUUCGUGUCUUUGGAAAGCAAAUUUUUGAAGUACAACCAUCAGACAAAAAGAAUACUUAUAUCACUAAACACGGGUAUCAUACAAAUCGAAGAGUUCAUUACGAGUUUCAUUACAGUGAUUUUCCUCAGAGUCUGACAAUUCAAGAACGACAUAGUCAAACAAACAAUAGAUUUGAAUUGAUUCCUGUCGAUUGUUUCGAAAAAGAAUUACCGGAUAUAUUUACCUCGAAUUAUAGUCACUGGAAGGAUAACAAAACUGGAAAAAUCGAAUUUCGACCAAUUUGUUUUCAAGAUCCAAAGUUUCUUACUGAUAUACAUUAUGUUUUAUCAAUAGAAGCCGGAUAUGUCAUAACGAGGAAUACGGAAACAAAACAAGUAUUAAUCAAUCAAUCAUCCUCUUUGUUUAAAAACCUAUUUGAACGUUAUUUUAUUCGUCUCGAUGAUGCACCGUAUGUGUACAUGUUACGAGACCUUGCCGUCGAAAAUACCAAAUUAAAGUUUUGUGAUAUUAUUCAUAUAAAUCUGUCUCGAUUAGGUAUUGCUUUCCGAUAUGACAUCCAUCGAAAUAUGAUCACUUCUCGUGAAUAUUCAGAUAUGUAUAUCGAUGAAAAUCAAUGGUUUGGAACAUUGACAGGUUUGAAAGCUGGCCUUCUGCUAUCACCCACGACAAUAAAUAAUCAACAAAAUAAAUAUCGUCUCUGUCGAAAAGUGAUUAUUCCAUUUGGACAUGUUCAAAUUGAAAAAACGCCAGAUAAAAGUCAUCAAACUGUCACUAUAGAACGAAAAGCUUCAUCAGGAACGUUACUUCGUCAAUAUUUUGUUUUUAUUUUAAAUGAUCGAUUACGUAUUCUUCAAUCAACUGAUAGUCCGACCGAAUGGCUCUAUUUAGCUUUAUUACAUGCAAUGACAUCCAAUCCUCUACCAGAUCAAUAUACAGGAAUGACUGGCAUGGAACGUUCUUUUCAACUAUUAAAUUCAGCUGGAUCUUGGUCUGAUCAACCAUAUGACACAAUAUCUCUCAAUAUCCUUUCUCAAAUUGCAAGUUUAUCACCAAAAACAAAUUAUUAUCCUGAACAUAAGACAUGUAUGAUAAAAAUCGAAUGGAAUACUCAAAAUUUACCUUGUUCCAUUCAACAUUUUGGUUAUUAUUUAUUAGCGAAGAAGUUAUAUGAAACAAGUGAACAAUGGAAGUUUAUGUAUCCAACAAAUACAUCACAUAGUAUACAAAAAUUGUUUGAAAGUAAAGAAUACAACGAAAAAGUAUUGGCAAAACUCUAUUGGGAUUAUCGAGAUUCAUAUAAUCCCACAGCACGAUUAUCUUCUGAGAUGGAAACAGAAAUCCAAUCGACAAGUAUAACAAAAUCAUACCAACCAGUAUGGGAAAGUUCCACAUUGUCAACCAUUUAUAAUAAUCGACUCCGAUUGACAGAUGGUUUAUAUUCCAGUGGAGAUGUAUAUCUAAAAAAUCAUUCAUCAUUGACAUGUUUUCCAUUAUCUCGAUGGUUAACAGAUGACUAUCAACCGAAAAAUAUUUGGAUUAGUUUAUUUAAAUUAAUUGAACAACUAAAAACAGAACAAACUCAAACUCAACCAUAUGAAGUUGAACGUUUAGAAAUACUCUUAGACUUUCUUCGUUACAUUUCUCGUAAACACGAAACUCAACCGGUUUAUUUUCAACUACUUAAAUCAAUUCUGAAAUCAUCAAUAACACCACUGCGAACCCUUCCAUAUUCUGAACUCACUCAUUAUGAAAACAUCCAGGAAACAUCAGUUCAAUCACAUCGUAUUAACUUUCCACAACGACUUUACCAACAUAAUCGAGAAAAAGCUUUACAAGAAAUUCGAAGCUGUUUUAACAACAAUUGUGAAUAUGAAAAUGAAACUUUUCCAAAAUGGCGCAUCAACACAUCUGAAAUCGAGAGAUUAUUUGAAUCUUGGCGUGCCAAUGGUAUAUUUCGCUCUUUUCUAGACAAUAUUCAGAGCCAUAUUCAAUCAAUUACAAUUAUUCCAUUAAAUACUAACGUGAACGUUAGUCCUCAAAGUUUUUCAACAGAAUCAUUUCAAAAUCAUUAUCAAAUUAGAAUUAAUUCUCAAAAUAAUUCUAUUGAUCAAAACUUACUUGAAUAUGCUAAACAAAAAUUUUUACAUUCUCAUUCUAAUUAUUUCAUUAAACCAACUACAGUUACAGAAAUAAUAAAUGAACAACAGAAGGCAUUUCCGAAAGAAAUAAUUCCUUCGACAGAUCCUCAAACCAAUCCUCUCAGCGAUAUUGCUAAUUAUUUUAAAGAAUAUCUCACAAACAGUUGGGCAAAAUUUCAAGCGACAAAAGAGUAUCAAAGAAAAUAUCCUGAUUUAAACGAAAUCGAUAAUUUUCUCCGAUCUUAUUGUGAACAAUCGACACAAAUGCGGAAUGAAUUAAUCAAAUCAAUCAAAUUAAACAAUGAAUUAUUAUUCAAAACAGGGUUAAUGAUAAGAAUCUUACCAACAACAUUAAUAUCUAUCUUGCAACAAACUAAUACCGAUAACUUAUCAUCAUCAUCCUUAACAACUGAUCAACGCACAUUACUCGGUGGUUUGCUUGUUAAUUGCGUUGUUGAACAACAAAUUGAACGAGCAUUAUAUCUUGCAAAUCAUGAAAAAUGGGAAGAUUUUGAGAAAGAAAUUUCCAAUAUUCCUCAUACAAAUUGGAUACCAGCAGAUCAUAUUUCAUGGUUAAUCAUGGAACUAGAAAUGAAUAUUACCAUUCGAGAAAUUCAAAUUCAAGUUGCACGUCAUAUGAUGAAUCCAAAAACAACAGAAGACAAUUCUUCAAUACGUAAUACCGUCAUGCAAAUGAAUAUGGGUGAAGGGAAAACUUCGGUUAUUCUUCCGAUGUUAGCACUUAGUUUAAGUUCAUCAUCAUCAAGUUUAGUUCGUAUAAUUGUAUUAAAAUCUUUAUUUCCGAUGAAUUAUCAAUCAUUACGAUGUAAAUUAGGUGGUUUAUUAAAUCGACGUGUUUUACCAUUUGCCUGUCGACGUGAUAUGAAUUUUAGUAAUUUACAAGUCGAACAAAUCUUUACUCGUCUUCAACAAGGAUUAAGUAAUUGUGAUGUUGUACUGACGUCGCCGGAGGAUAUACUUUCAUUUGAUUUGCUGACUAUCGAUAAAUGUCGACGAAAUGAAUUUGAUGUUGGUCAAUCAAUGUUAUCUGUUCAACAUUGGUGUAAAACAUACAUUCGUGAUAUUUUAGAUGAAUCGGAUGAAAUUUUACAUGUUAAAUAUCAAUUGAUUUAUUCGGUUGGUCGUGAACAACAAGUUGAUGGAGGUGUAGAACGUUGGAAAACUAUUCAAUCGAUUUUAACAUUUGUCAAACAACAUGCUGCAACUAUUGCACAUCAGUAUGGAGAUGACGUUUUUUAUAAAGCCUCAACACGUAAGAGUCAUUUUCCAGAAUUUCGUUUAUUAUCACAUCAACCAUUUCCAUCAUUAUGUAAACUUAUUCUAAAGGAAUGGCUUAAUCAAAGAAGUUUUCGUCAGAAUGAAUUGCAGUUGAUCGAAUUGUUUAUCUUGAAUACAGACUCAUCUAUAGAUGACCUGAGUGAUCGAUUUCCCGAGACAACUAUUCAAUUAUUUCUCAUAUUACGUGGUUUAUUAUCAUCAGAAUUAUUAUUUGUUGCUCUGAAAAGACGCUAUCGUGUUAAUUUCGGUGUGAAUCAAAAUUCGAAGUUUAAUCGUUUAAUAGCGGUACCAUUUCGUGCGAAAGAUGUUGCAGCAGAGAAUACAGAAUUUGGUCAUCCAGAUAUUGCUAUAAUUUUAACUCAACUUUCUUAUUAUUACAGUGGUUUAAAUGAUAAACAAAUGUUGCAAUGUUUCGAUCGUAUGAAUGAACAAGAAGAAGAUCCUGAUAUGAUUUAUGAGGAAUGGAUUUCUCAAGAAGAUAAAAAUGAUAAUCUAAUUUCAAAGAUUCAACAUUGGAAAUCAAUUAAUUUAAAAAAUUAUCAACAAAGAACGGAAUAUCUCUUUCCAGGUUUACGUCAUAAUAUCUUAGUAAUUAAUUAUUUUCUUAAUCAUUUUGUGUUUCCUCGAGAAGCAAAACAAUUUCCACAUAAAUUAGUUUCUACUCCUUGGGAUUUAUCAUCAUCAUUUUCACGAAAACAAAUCAUCACUGGAUUUAGUGGAACAAAUGAUACACAAUUAUUACUACCGGCUCAUAUUCAUCAGUGUGAUUUACCGGAAUUACAAAAAACAGAUGCUCUCGUUCUCAAUAAUUUACUUCGGACCGAAAAUGAAAAUUAUCAAUGCUUACCAAUCAGUGCGAGUUCGGAGGAGAUUUUAAAACAAAUUGUCAAUUCUCACUUGAAUAUUCAAGUUAUUCUUGAUGUUGGUGCAUUAUUUAUCGAUGGAACAAAUCAUCAAAUAGCAACGAAAUGGUUGAAUUUAUUAGAUAAAAGUAAAAUUGACUAUGCAGUUUAUUUCGAAUCGGAUGAAGUUUUUGUUAGUGAUCGUCUCAAUCGAUUUCAUGCAUUUUCGACAUCACCUGCUAGUGAACGAUUAGAUCGUUGCGUAUUUUAUCUCGAUGAAAUUCAUACGCGAGGAACAGAUUUUAAAUUUCCAAGUGGUUUUAGAGCAGCUGUAACAUUGGGAAAUGGUUUAACGAAGGAUCGUUUAGUCCAAGCAUGUAUGAGAAUGAGAAAAUUAGGCAUAUGUCAUUGGUUAAGUUUUUGGAGUUCAAAUGAAGUUCAUCAUCAAAUUGAAAUGUUGAAAAGAAAUUCAUCAUCAUCAUCAGAUCAGAAAAAACAUUCAAAUGAGCAGGUCACUCUGGCUGAUAUCCUUCGGUGGGUGUAUGAAAAUACUCAACAAGCAACUUGGGAUGGUUUACAUCACUGGGCUACACAAAGUUUAAGUUUUCAACGGAAAGUAACUGCUUUUCGAAACAUCUAUCAAAAUACUUAUCAACAAAGGUAUACAAACACAGUGAUGGAACAGUUAGCUAAAGAUUGUUUGGAAAAUGAAAUAUUGGAUUUAAAGUCAAUGUAUGGUCCAUCAAAAACUUGGCAAACUAUUUAUGAAAUUUACUGUGCUCGGUAUGAAUAUUUUCAGAUAUGUUCAUCGAUUGAAAUUCAUGAAGCUGUAUCUAAACAAUUACAGGAGUAUAGUGGAUCAAAAACAUUACUGUCGCAAUUAUUAGAUGAGGAACAACAGCGGGAAUUGGAACAAGAACAGGAAAUGGAAGAAGAACGACAACAGAAACGUCCACCAGCUGUUCAACCUUGCGAACCUGUUCUACACAAUGAGAUUCAAAGAUUAUGUGAUAUGCAAGGUCCUGUGGUGAAUUUAUCUAAAUUAACUACAGUAUUUCGUCCUUUAAAAGAUGCGUUUCUUGAUACUACAUUCCAACAACACAGCCAAUAUCAUUGUUGGCAAAAUAAUCUCUGGAUUUCAACGGAAUUUCAACGAGUCAUUCAAACACGAGGAGAAUCAUUAGAUACAUUUCUACGUCCUCCACGAUGGGUACUCUUCUAUCGCAAUAAAGACGUUAUUGUUGUUAGUGGUUUUGAAGCCAAUUGGUUGUUAGGUCAUUUACAGCUUCUUCAUCAUAAACAGAAACUAGAUAAACCAGUGACAACAACAUUACGACUUCUCCUCCCACGCCUUCAACGAAAUCAAUCGAUUUUCAUUGAUAUUCCACGUCUCACCAUUCCUCCAAAUGUUUCUUUUUCUAUUCCAGUUCAAUGGUUGGCUCAAUUAUUUGUUUUUAAUGGGACUCUAUAUUUCGAUACUGUUGAAGAACAAACAGCUUAUUGUCAAUGUUUAGGUCUAUGUCCAAAACCACGAACAAAACUUGAAGAUGAUGCUUUCGACAAUGGGUGGAUCGCUCUCGAUGGUUAUGUAGAACAACUGAAACAUCGUCAACAAUUACAAAUUCAUCAUUGUUGUUUCCCUUCGAAUCCAUUGACAUUUGUAAAAAAACUACUCGAAAAUCGAAAUUGUUCACACGCACCAUUGACAUCACAUGUUGGCAGUAUUAUUUUCAAUGCAGUGAAACUUCCAGUACCAUAA